CUUACACGUUGGACGACAUUUUUGCAGGAUUUUAUCGAGACGUGUAACCUGGCAUUUAGAUAUACAGUAAGACACCGAUACGCGAUGCUUUUUGACUCGUUUACACACACAUACAUAGACAUUGUUUGCCUGUUUACCUUAAGCACACUGUCAGGACUGAAAGCAGAGCAGGAAGACUGGAGUUGAGUAAUAAGCGAACUCUACAGAUAGUUGUGUGUGGGGAUAGUCAAACCUGCAUGGAGUUUAAUUCAAAGACGCAUUAAACGCUUAUUUUCCAUUUGUUUAUACGGUGUUGUUUCAUAUCAGGUGCGUAUGUGGUGCAUUCGCAGAAUAGUGUACAUCUGGUCAUACUAGCAGUGUCAGAUGUGAUGCUAACUGUCUGGUAGCCUGCGCUCUAAUGCUAAUGUUAAUGGCUCUGUUUACAUGCACAAAUUCGGUUGCGGUUUCUUUAUUAAUCGCCGUGUGUUUAGAAGAGAUCGGGUUUGUAUUGUUUGACUGAGCACGGCUGUUGCACCACUGGUUUUGUUAUUAUACACGCAUGUCACUUUGACGUGGACAUUGGCUAAUACUAUUAACACAGUUGAUUGUUGUAUUCAUAAGUCUACGCAUGACGGCAGAUCUGCAGAGAUGACCUUAACUGAAUGAAAAUGCAUGAUCUCUAGCGCUGUAGAAGCAGAAAUCUGUUAGCUUUCAUCAGCUCUCAGAUAGAUAGGCCACGUCGCCUGUGUGUGCUGAUGUAUUUGAUCUACUGACAGUGGCGUUGCAUGAAUGCAAACAAGGAAAAUCCAGAAGUCGCCAACUGUGCGGAAGGAACACGGAGGAAUCGUCAAAGUAGUUCUGUCAUCAACUUAAGGACGUCUCAAGGCUGCUAUAAACAUCUUGGGAAUAUGUGUUUCGUUUAAACAUUCCAAGAUAGGUAACGUAGUGGACCAUUGGCCAUUGCACACGUAUUAAAACGUUCACCGCUCACGUAAAGCCUGUGAUCGUUAUCGGUGCUCGUUUGAUUACACGAUGAUCGGGUUCAGCGCGAAUCGACGCGGAGGUCGCCUCCCGUCUUUCAUCCUGAUCGCGUUAUUGGUGAUCAUCGUCAUUCUGGCGUUUAACUACUGGAGCGUGUCCACAAAGCACGGGCGGCUGCUGGACGAGCUGGCCGAAGUGCAGACGCAGGUGAAGCGCACGGACGCGGCGCGCUCCCGCCUGGAGAAAAGAAACUCCGAGCUGAUAAUGCAGGUGGACACGCACAGGAAACAGAUCGAUCAGAAGGACGGAGACUACAGCGUGCUGGAGAGCAAACUGCAGGCCAGGGAUGCGCUGGUGAAAUCCUGCACCGAUGAAAAGAAUAAGCUGCAGAAUGAUGUCAGUGCCCAGAUGUCAGAGAUUCACAGGUUAAAGGAGCAGGUGAAGGAGUUACGACAGGAGAUCAUCCGACAGGAAGACCAGUUGAGGGAGGUGCAGAAAAACAGCACUAACCUGGAGAAGAAACUGGAGUAUGAGAGUUUGCAGUGUGGUCGACAGAUAGCCGAGCUGAAGGCAGAGUAUGAAGAGAGCAAGAAAAGAGUGGAGGAGGAGGCAGCAAAACUCAGACAGAUUUUAUCAGAGAGUCGUAAAGCAGGCCAAGGGGGUCAACAAGUGGAGGUGGAUCAUGAGCAAUCCAAUAAAAGAAAAGAAAGGGAGGACACUGCAGAGCGCCACACAGUGGCUGUGCGGCAACAUGACAGCCAAGUUCUUAAAGAUGAGAUGGGUAAACCUGGGAGUGAUGCUGGGAUGCCUGGCAUUGAGGAUAGUGAAGUAGGCAAGAUUGAAGAUGCACAUUUUGCUCUAAAGAAGCCAGCAAUCACACAGAAACACAUGGAGCCCGCAGAGGCUGCAGCAUUGCUGAAGGAAGAUAGGGCAGGGCUCGGAGCUGGUGCUGGUGUUAGACCAGGGGAGGAUUUGGCUCGUGGGCAACCACUGGAUCGGCCAGACAUGCCUCAUGAUGACAGCCUGCAUUUGGGGAACCAUGAGGUCCCUAUUCAGCAGCAGGUUCCAAAGCCAGUGGCUGCUAAACCCAUGCUGUUGGAUGUGGACAAUAAAGUUGCCAUAAAGGCAGAUACGUUUGGGGAGCAGCACAGACAGCUGGGAGCUCCUGACGGCUUGAAAGCAGAGGGAGUUGGGCUUCCUCCUCCUCCGAACCCUGCUCAGGUUCUGCCCAAACCCAUUGAUCCUCACAAUGGCAGAGAUCCUGUGCCCGCUGAACCCAUUCGACACCAUCAGAGCCGUUUCUUUGAUGAAAAUGAGUCCCCUGUAGAUCCGCAACACGGCAAUAAGCUGGCGGACUACAACGGGGACGAUGGCAACGUGGGUGAGUAUGAGGCGGACAAGCAGGCCGAGCUGGCCUACAAUGAGGAAGAGGAUGGUGAUGGUGGGGAGGAAGAUGUCCAAGAUGAUGAAGACCGGGAGGCUCCAGGUGAAAGGGCAGUGGGUUAUGGAAAGCGACAUCAAGCCAUUGACAUUCUGUAGUCCCAUUUCUCAAAGUCCCUAAAACUGACUUUGGAUGUUUCUGAUAAUGAAGUAACCAAGUGAGAAAAAAAGAACUUUAUUUCUUGCCCUUGGAUUUCAGCUAUGAUUUUGGUGUAAUGUAUGAUUGGAGACAUACAGAUUAUUCAAACUAUUUCAUUGUCUUCAGACAGGAGUGAGUUUCAUUCAGCAGUUACGACUACAAAAUCAGUGACUGCCGAUGAUAAUUUUAUUCAACUGAAAUGCAACAAAGUGAUUUCCAUGAUCUACAAAUGUUUGCUUGCACAUGACCUGAUUUGAGAGUAUCGUUUUCAUUACUUUUUUAAUCUGUAGCACAGGUCUAGCAGAAUUGAGAUUUGGAAAUAAGAAAAAUAUUGUAAAUGUACAAAUGUGUUUUGUAUUUUUUCUUUUCUUUUUUUGGGGGGGGGGGGGAUUUAAUACCUUUUCAUUGGACUUUUCAUUCAUAAAGUGGAACAUAUUGAUAUUACUAGUGAAAAGGACCUCUACAACACAGUUUUUCUUCCCCUCAUAGAACUGCUGAAAAGCAUUAUUUCCCUUUAUCUUUUGGAAAAUUGUUGCUGAAUCAAAGUGUAGACUAUGGGAAGAUGCAAUUGAGUUGCUGUUUACCUUUUUUUUUUUCUCUAACCACCCUCUGGUACAAAAUGACAAUGGUUGUCCAGAGAUCAAGUCAAGACUUGAUGGUUGCUUGAGCCAUUUUUUUUUUUUUACUGCUCACUGUUUCUGAUUCUGAAAGAGCACUCCUUAGUGCACACUGAGUCUUGUAUGGACAUUGUUGCAUGCAAAAGGAAGCCUUUGUAAAUCAGCCUGUAGAUCAUCAAGAAAAAAGCAAUACUUGGUGCCACAGACUAAACUCAUCACUGUCGACCUGCUUCCUUUUUUACAGUGAGAUGUACAGUAAAUAACCGAGGAGUCUUGAGUGACAUGGAAUGCUGCAGAAUUCCUAAACUCACAAAUGGAUAUAAUGAUCAUAGACCUAACUGUUUGUGUUUGUUUCAUAAUCAAGCAAAUUUGAUAGGGUUGGCAUACUGAAUGUACUCUUAUAGCUUGUGAUUGUUUUGAGAUCGGUCACAUGGGUGUUUGGGUUCUCUAACUUUUACAGAGCUGUGCAAUGGAAUCCAAGGAAUAAAGUUUAACAAAAUGCUCUAUAUUUCCAAUAAACAGGUCCUGUUUUGGAAAGUAAAAUCCCUAUUACUGUGAUUGAACUAUAGAAUGUAGCAUCAAGAAGCGCACACUCCAGAAAUCUUUGUGUUUUCCAGGCUGCUUUACAAAAAUAAUUGAUUACAUUCAGCUAACAAUAAAUGACUUUUUUCUGUAUAUA